UUUGGCGAUAUAAAGAAUGAGUGAGACCCCGCCAAUUAGCAUAUUUCCAUACAAUACUCACACCCCAAUACUCCAAUACUCCAAUCUCACUCCAAUUGCAACCUUUCCCCGAAAACCACAACACCUCAUUCAUCAUGGCCCCCAAGAUCCUCUUUGUCCUUACCUCCCACAACAAGCUGGGCAGCCUCGACAAGCCCACCGGAUUCUACCUGCCCGAGCUCGCCCACCCCUGGCACGUUCUGCAUGAGAAGACCGAGAUCACUUUCGCAUCGCCAAAGGGUGGUGAGUCUCCUUGUGACCCCGCGUCAGUUGAGGCUGCUCAGGACGAUGUCUCUGUCGAUUUUUUCAAGAACCAGAAGGCUAUCUUCCAGAACACACAAAAGCUGGAGGACUUUGUUGGAAAGGCCAAUGAGUUCGAUGCCAUCUUCUACGUCGGAGGCCACGGUCCCAUGUUCGAUCUUGUCGACAGCCCCGUAUCGCAGCAGCUGAUCCGCGAGUUCUGGGAAGCUGGCAAGAUUGUCUCGGCUGUCUGCCACGCGCCCGCCGUCUUCUACAACGCCAAGCUUUCGGACGGUAGCCUUUUGGUCGCUGGCAAGGAGAUCACAGCAUUCACAAAUGCUGAGGAGGAUAUCGUUGGCUUGACCGAUGCCGUGCCCUUCCUCCCCGAGACUGCCCUGCAGAAGUCCUCCGGAGGACACUUCGUCAAGGCCGCUGAGCCCUUCGGCGUCAAGGUUGCUGUUUCCGGACGCUUGAUCACCGGCCAGAACCCCCCGAGUGCGACAGCCAUCGGAGAGGCCAUCGCCAAGGCACUGAACGUUUAAGUUAAUAGAUAAGCAAAAAUAAAGACAAGAGUCAUAGUUCACUACAUAAACGUCCACUCGCUACUACUUACUCGUGCAUUCUAGUGCAGAUACAUGCUUCUAUGAGCAUGUCGCGCUGUCCAAGAUUGCUUGAUGUAUUGACCCUAUGGCUCACCCUCUGCACCUUCCCUCGAGGGAUGAUUACACACGAGAACAGCACGUGCGCACGCGCUGAGAUGAUAGGAUUUCAACUAUUC